ACCCAAUUGCUUUCCUUUCUUUGUUUCGUUUCACUUCACCCACCUUCUCCUUCUUCUUGUUCUUCUGCUUCUUUUCUCUUUACCACUCUCACUUUCUCUGAGUUUUGUUUUAACCCGAGGCAUGUGAUUUGAGUGACAGAGAACAACUAAAGGGGUUUGCUUCUUUCUCUCACUCUAAGCUCUCCCUUCCCCUUUUGGGUGGUGUGGUGUAUAAUGUAACUAAUCUUAGAUCUGAGAAGAUAGUACUAGUUCUUCUCUCUCUUUUUUCUUUUUUUUUUGGAAAUCCUUAUCUUCGUCAUCAUCAUCAUUUGAUUUGCAAGAUCAUAAUUUUUUUCGUUUGAUUUUCUUUUCACCCCCACCAUUUUUCCAAUUUUAUUUUUUAAUCUCUGCUUGUAUUUUCCUGAAAAAAUUUGAGUUUUUCUUGUUUCUCUGCUAGUAGAUCCAACCUCCGAAAUGUAAAAUUUUCAACUUUUAUCAGUACCCUCUUACCUUUGAAUCUUUUCUAGCCAUUUCUCGGACCUCACAUCAUAUCCUUGAUUUUGAAGAUCUUGAUAUCCCACUCCUUUUUGGGCCAAGAUCUGUUUUUUAUUCACCCUUUUGUUGUAGUAGAACUUCAAAUUUGGGAGCUUUAGCCUUCUGAGGUUGUGUUUUUCUUUCUAUUUUCACCAUCCCUACCCUUUGUCGGAGUAUGAAAAUUUUCCUGGACAGUUGGGGUCUUUGGAUUAGUGAGUGAGAGCAAAGAGAUAAAAAGAUGAAUUAUUUCCCGGACGAGGUAAUAGAGCACAUAUUUGACUUUGUUGUGUCACACCGUGACCGGAACACUUUGUCUUUGGUGUGCAAAAGCUGGUACAGAAUAGACAGAUGUACGAGGCAGAGGGUGUUCAUAGGGAACUGCUACUCAAUCACUCCUGAGAGGUUGAUCCAGAGGUUUCCUGGUCUUAAGUCUUUGACUUUGAAGGGAAAGCCUCAUUUUGCUGACUUCAGUUUGGUUCCUUAUGGUUGGGGUGGUUUUGUGUAUCCAUGGAUUGAAGCAAUGGCCAAUAGAAGUGUUGGAUUGGAGGAACUUAGGUUGAAGAGGAUGGUGGUCUCGGAUGAGAGCCUGGAGCUACUUUCUCGUUCUUUUCCCAACUUCAAGUCUUUAGUUCUUGUUAGCUGUGAAGGGUUCACCACCGAUGGCCUUGCUGCUAUAGCUGCAAAUUGCAGGUGUCUUAGGGAGCUGGAUCUGCAAGAAAAUGAAGUUGAUGAUCACAAAGGCCAAUGGCUAAGUUGCUUUCCUGAUAGCUGUACAUCACUUGUGUCUCUUAAUUUUGCUUGCCUGAAAGGAGAGGUUAGUUUGGGAGCUCUUGAGAGACUUGUGGCCAGAUCUCCUAACCUCAAGAGUUUAAAAUUGAAUCGUUCAGUGCCCCUUGACGCACUUCAAAGGAUAAUGGUGCGAGCGCCUCAGCUAGUGGAUUUGGGUAUUGGAUCAUUUGUUAAUGAUCCAGAUUCUGAGACCUACACAAAGCUUAAGAAUACCAUCGUAAAGUGCAAGUCCAUAACCAGUUUGUCAGGAUUUUUGGAAGUUGCUCCUCGGUGUCUUCCAGCUAUAUAUCCUAUUUGCCAGAAUUUAACAUCCUUAAACUUGAGCUAUGCAGCAGGCAUUCAGGGAAGCGAGCUGAUAAAACUACUUCGCCUUUGUGUGAAACUUCAGCGCUUAUGGGUAAUGGAUUGCAUUGGAGACAAAGGACUUGGCGUCGUAGCUAUGACAUGUAGAGAUUUGCAAGAAUUGAGGGUCUUUCCAUCUGUUCCCACUGGAAAUGCUGCAGCUGUAACCGAAAAAGGGCUGGUUGCAAUAUCAUCGGGUUGCCGUAAGCUUCACUCAUUACUCUACUUCUGCCACCAGAUGACAAAUGCUGCCCUCAUAACCGUGGCAAAAAACUGCCCCAAUUUUAUCCGCUUUAGGUUGUGUAUCCUCGAUGCCAUAAAACCUGACCCUGAUACAAUGCAACCACUUGAUGAAGGGUUCGGCGCAAUUGUGCAGUCUUGCAGGCGAAUAAGGCGCCUAUCACUCUCGGGGCAUUUGACUGACCAGGUUUUCCUCUACAUUGGAAUGUAUGCGGAGCAGCUUGAAAUGUUGUCAAUUGCAUUUGCUGGGGAGAGUGACAAGGGAAUGCUGUAUGUGUUGAACGGAUGCAAAAAGCUUCGGAAGCUCGAGAUUAGAGAUUGCCCUUUUGGCAACUUGGCACUUCUGACGGACGUAGGGAAGUAUGAAACAAUGCGAUCCCUUUGGAUGUCGUCCUGUGAAGUGACCGCCGGAGCCUGCAAGUUGCUAGCUAAGAAGAUGCCAAGGUUGAAUGUGGAGAUCUUCAAUGAGAAUGAACAAGCAGAUUGUAGUCUGGAAGAUGGGCAGAGGGUAGAGAAGAUGUAUUUGUAUCGUACAUUAGCUGGAAAAAGGGAAGAUGCACCAGAAUAUGUAUGGACUCUGUAGGUGCAUUUUAGGUCAUUUAAUUACUUGUUAUUCAGCAGUUUGUACUUGUUUUUACGCUGACUGAUUAAUGCAAUUUUAGCUGAGUGUAGUGUUUUCUCAUUUCCUUGCAUCUGCUAGUCUUAUACAUAUAUAUUAAUCUAAAGACCAAGCUGUUAUUAUUUCAUGAUUGCACUUUUUAUCAUGUAUAUUAUUAGAAUUGAGUACUUUGCUUCUCUCCACUUGUUGGAUGCAAGAGUGUUCACUGUUUUUAUCAUCCACUCCCAAUUUUUUU